AUUAAAGACAUGCUGAGAUCAGGUUAGACACCUGUCUCACGUCUGCUCUUGUGGCACAACAAGGCAGCAGUUUGGCGAUUUCAGCACCCUGGACAGCUUCUGGUCCCGUUGAACAGCUCCAGCAAAGAUGUCAUAAGGACUCCCAUAAAGGACAACAACUGUUUUUUGUUUGUUUGUACUUUUUUUGUAUAUGGAGAAAUGGUGCGCAAAGGGGAACUGGAGAGCGAGUCUGUCAACAUGACAGACUGUCCUUAGAGGAAUGUUCAGGAAGAUCAAUAAUGUGUUCCGUCCCAACCAUCAUGGACAGAGAGGACGGGAUGGUGGUGGUGGUAGUGGGUGUGGGGUUGAGCAGGACUACCACAACGCUUGCACUGUCAGGCUGGUGCGCAGCACCUCCAUGCUCGUUGUAGGGGAGAAAACUCAGACGGCUGCGGGCUCGACUUUAAAACGGAGCAAGAGCACAGUAAGCAUCGAGUCGACCUUGUACUAUUAUCAGAGACAAGAGGACAGGAUAUGGCUGUACUCACAGAAUCAGAACUGCCUCGAAUACCUGGAAGCGCUUGUGGCUCUGAGGAGGCAGUACAUGAAGAGUGUGAGUGACUUGAAGGGUACAGACGCAAAGGCCACAGUUUCUUCCAAGAAGAAGCCUGCGCCCUCGCCGCCUAAAAAGGAGGAACCGAUAUCAAGAGCCAAACCCUCAGCACCCCCAGUUCCCACUGAGGACGACACUUUGCAGUUCUUUGAUGCGGUCAUCGCCAGCUGUGACAGCGAACCUCUGCGCAAGCCGUACAAGGAUGACGGGCACGCAGACGUGGAUUUUAUUGUGGCCUCCAGCUCGGCCGAACAUGACCUCCACUCUAACUGGGUCUUGCGAGUUCCUCGAGUCGCAGAUGCUUCAGACCAGAGAGCGGUUCCUGACUGUGCCAACGAAAGGAUCCCCACGAAGAAGAAACAGAGCGGGUCCACGAGCAGCAGGCUGCGACUUCAGAGAAACCCGAUCCACCUGCCCAAAGUGGUGGAGAGCGCAUUCCAGACACUGCGCUUCAAGCCCAAAUUAAAGAAGCAGUGAAGCUUAGAGGACAUUGAAACCAGUAGCACUGCCACACUGAUCAUUUGACACCAGUAAAAAAAAUAAAUAAAUAAAGCAGUGCAGACAAUUACUUAGUUUUUAAUAAAAAAAUAUAUAUAAUUAUUUUAUUAAAGCAAAAAUGGCCAGCUGGUGAAAUAUGUUUUAAUCCUUGUGUUCCAAAAUUGGACUUUUUCUUGGCAGAGACGUGUCACAGUAAGAAUUGCAAAAGUGAUAAUAUUUGAUAUUAAUAAGGAUUUCACUCUGUUAAAGUGUCCUUUUGUUGCACGUCUGCAUUACAGUGUAAACCCCAAAUAAUAUAUUUAUAUAUUAGAUGUGCUACAGCAGCAGAAGACAACAACAGGUGUCACUCCCGUCAGUUAAGAACAGGAAACUGAGGCAGCAGUUCACACAGGCUCAUCAAAACAUAAGGUUAGAAAGAUGUUGCCUGGUCUUGAUUUCUGAUGCCACGUGUAAAUUUUUGGGUCAGAAUUUUGUGCAAACAAAUGAAAGCAUGGAUCUAUCCUGCCUUGUAUUAACAGUCGGUAGUGUAAUUGUGUUGGGGAUAUUUUUUCCUGCUGCUUUAAACACCACAAUCUACCGGAAUAUUAACUAUGUCCAUCACUUUGUGACCUUAGUGUACCCAUCCUCUGAAGGCAAUCAUGUUAAAAAGAUCAAACAUGAAGGUACCCAAACAGCCUCCACAGUCACCACAUCCCAGUCCUUUAGAGCACCUUUUGACA